AUUUUUUACCUAGUGAGGAAUGAGGAUAUUUAUGGUCUUAAAACACCAUAUGCCACGCCCACCCAGAACAGGUCAGAAAUUAAAUUGAAAGAGACCUAUGGAGUAAAAUAAUUCUUAUUUAAAGUUAAAGUGAAGAAAGACAUUUAAUUUGAAAUGUUUAAUUUUAAUAGUAACAGUUAAUCAAUAGUCAGAAAUAAAUUUAAUCAGGCCAAUUUUGUAUGCCCAGUGGCUUAGCUAGGUCACUAGGGUUGGUGUAGCUAGGGUUGUCACCCCCCCUCCCCCCCCAUCCUCCCAAGAUGGAUUUGUUAUUGUUAAAAUAGGUCCACAGUAAAUUCUGAGUAAAACAAUGACAAGAAAAGAAGAAAAAAAAUGCUUUAGGGUAAUGGAGGGCAUUAAGCCAAUUUAAGUUUAAGCACCAUGUUUUCAAGAACUUUUUGUUUUACUCUUUGAAAUAAAUGAGUAUUAUUAAAUUCAAACUGAAAAUGUUUUUAAAUAACAGAACACACAUCUUUCUUGAAGUACAAAAGCUUUAACGAGAAAAAUUUAAAGCCAUUUAGUGAAACAAGGGUUUAAAAGUUAAAACUAAUUAUGACUUAAAUUUAACAAAAUGGGGGCAAUUAGCUCCAGCAGUCCAGCAUGUUCAAUGCAUAUAUUUUCACAUAGGUUGUAGGCAAUUCUGACACAUCCAUGCCAUGGCUUCAUUGGCUUCAAUAUCAGAUUUUUCUGGGAUUUCAUUAUCAAAACUAUAUUUAAAAAUUUGUUAAACCUAUUUCUACAAAUUAAUAACUUAUGUUUUCAAUUUAAACUUUAUCUGUCAUAAUCUGUUUAAUGCUAUUUGAAUUAAAACAGGGAUUUUAUUAAUCUGAUUAAUAUUAUUUGGUUGUUUUAAUCAUCUUUUAACAGUUGGGGGUGUUAAGCCCCUGCUAUUUAAAAUAUUCGUUUUUAUAAACUAAUUAAAUAAAAAAUAAUCUACAGAACCGUAUCUCUUUUACAAAAUAUGCUUCCUAUUCAAAAUAUUAGAAGGAACUUUAGUAUUAAAGUGAAUUUUAGAGCUUUUUAUAAACAAUCUCUAAAUCGUAUCAUCCAACUGCCAUUUUACUUUGCACAAAUGACCAGCUUCAUUUGCUCUACAAAUAUUAGAAUUUUAACUCAUUCAUUACAUACACAUAGUUAAAAACAAACAAAAAGUACUUGCUGAGUUUAGUUCUACUUGUUUUUGUAUGUAAACUAAAAAACUUUCACUGUAGAAAUAAAAUUUCAAGUAAAAUUAAACAAGCACCCUCUUAGCUGAAGUUUCACAAAGGGUUUGAGGAAGGCUGAAAACUAGAGGGGAAAAGCACUCAUCUAAAAAGGCAAAUUAAAAAUCAAUCUCACAGGCUAGAAACCAAGGAAUGGUUGUGGAAAGUUCUCUUGAUUGGUUAGUAAGUUUCUGUCAACUAAAGCUUAAUUCCUUUCUCUCUUCUUACAAUAAUAUCAAGCAUUUUAUUGUAUGAACUGAGCAAUUAGGGCUUAAUACCCCAUGGAGCCAAUUACCUCCCUUUACCCUAAAGGCCAUGAGGUAAAUGUAUUUAAGAACAACUGUAUUUAAAAAUUGAUAGGAGACAGACUGAUCAAUACAUUGAUUUUGAUCAUGGGCCCUCAAAAUAUAGAAGUAACAACGUUAAGGUAUGUUAUACCCGGUAGUUAUUUUUAAAUUAAUUUGAUUAAAAAUGUUCCUUUCCUGGACUUGAAAGUUGAAAAUCUGUCAACCACUUGAUUAAAUGCAAUAUCCUUCACUGUAUCACUUUUAAUUGAUGGAGCCAGAUCAGAAAACCGUGACUGUCCCAUGGACGAUAUAUUGAUAUUCUAGGAAGUCCCAUUCAGGGAUGAAUUUAAAUAUCAAAUAUUGAACAGUCCUUAAAUUUGUAAAAUUCAAUGUCAGCUGCCUUUAGUGUCUUCUAAGCCUAGGUAUUUCUUUUGAAAGUUCAUCCUCUGAUAACUCGUCAAAGAAAGUUUAAUUUUGGAAUGGACACCAUUAAGUCUUCUUCACUUGCUGAUAGUAGACUCUUGAGAUUUAAACAGCCCCAGACAUAUCUGCUGCGUCCUUGAGAUCGAUGAUUUGAUCUGGAGUUCAGAAUGAAAGCAAACAAUGCUCACCCACAUCUCCCUUCUAUUUUCUUCUCACAGAGAGAGUCCAGCAUCUAUUGUUCUCCUUUUAUUCUCUUCUUAAACCUUUGUGUUCUCUCGACAGAAAUUCCAUAUGGGUCUGUUUUUAAAAGUACAUUUUAAUAGCAUGUUCCACAAAGUGAAAGCGCUUCUCGUGCAGAAAUAAUCUUAAGGCCUCUAUGUUGGUCACCACUUUGUCAAGAGUAAAGCCUUUACUCUGCAAAUACUAUUGUGUAAGAAUAACUUCAAGUAGAUCAUCCCAAAAUAAAGGUAGCAGAUAACGUGAAAUCACAGACAGCAUAUAAAAGACCUUGUGCUGUAUAAAAAUCGUGCUCUAUUAAGAGUUGGUGCUAGUGACGAAUCUGCGAAAAUAUAAAUUUUUGAUAUUUCUGAGCUUCAAUUUCAAUAGCUUUAGUUUCAAAAACAUUUUUUUAAAAAUUUAAAUAAAUUUAAAUGAUUAAAUAUUUGAAAAUUUUGUAAAAUAUUUUUUUUUUAAAUCCUAAAAAUGGGUGGAAAUUCAAUUUUAAUAUUUUUAAUUUUAUAUUUUCAAUUCAUUUACUUAGAAUCGUCCAACCAUAUCAUAUUUGGUUUCAGAAUUUAAAUAUUGCUUCCUGUCAUUUACCGAAGACUUCAAUCGGCAUUGAAUAAUGGUCACAAAGGUGUUGCAUACACAUCAUUGGGAUUAGUUGGGAUCUCGUUUCAUUAUUUGACUUCAAUCAAGCUUUUAAGUACAUGUACUUAAGAGUAUGUACUUUGACAGAAAUUUUUAAUAUUGUCUAAAUGCCAUAAAUGAUACUCAUUUUAAAGGGCUAGCUUUAGCGACAGUUCACAUGAUAAAAUUAGCUUCAAAUUUCACAUCAUAUUUUCUGAUUGGCUUCUUUUUUUAACAAUUCAAUUCAACAGUAAUUUGAAAGUUGUGACAAUGUUUCAUACAAAAAUCACAUCAAAUACGCGAUAAAAAAUUUGAUAGUGUGAACUGAUGCUUAAGCUUUAUGAAAACAUCAAUUUCAUCUUAUCUUUUAUAGAACUGGAGUUAAGAUUUUUGGGUCGAAAUUUGUAUACACCUUAUAUUAUAAACGAUGUAGUUGACCCACUUUUCAAACUUUUGGACCAUUUUACCCAUAUCUUUUAUCUAAGGAAAUUGUACUUAAUUUUCAGGAGACAUUCUCAAUGCAAUAUACGACACAAUAAAAAACACAGGAUUUAAAUAGCUUGGAGAUUAUUUUGCAUGAUAAUAUUUGAGGGAAACUUGAUGAAAUCCUGAAAAGUAUCAAAUGGGAAAGGUGUUUAAAAUUAUUUAUAAAGGCGAAUGCACGCAAAAAAAAAAAAAAAGGUAUAUUUUAUUAUUCAAACUACUUUUGCAACAAUUCAGGACAUGUGCAGAACAGUGUGUGGGCGAAUUUUGGGAUACCUACAUUGAGACACAGCUGGUGUAAAUUAAACAAUAAUAAAACUGUUUUAAGGUUUAAAUAUAAGAAAAAACACAUUUUAACUUUAAUUAUGUAACAAAAUAAAGCCUGCAUCAAUACAACCAAAUAAAAAAUAAUUUAUUAACCUAUUCAUAAUAUAUUUAUAUCCUGUCUAAUACAAAUGAAGAUAAAAGAAAAGGGUAAAACAUUGAGCAAAAGUGUUGAGGAGUGUUCUUUAAUUGAUGAUGAUGGACCAUUGCUAAUCUGUUUGUUCUCAUAGGUUACCACCUAAACGCUUUGUGCAGAAUGCCUUGUUUUGUAAUAUUUCAAAGAACAUGCAUUUCUCCUUACCCAAAUAAAAAAAUACUUUUCAGCAAGUUCCAUGCAACACUGAGCGAUGCAUGGGCUCAUUGUCACAACAGGCCCAUGGGCCCCCUGAUGCCCCUAGAUCAAAGGAGGAACUUCUACUCCAUGCCAAAGAUUUCAUUAACCAAUAUUUCACCUCAUUUGAAAUGUGAGUAUAUGAAUAAAAUUAUUUUCAAACAUUGAAUAAAUCAUAACGUUAUCGACUUGCUUGUAGCUUUAAUAUAAAACUAUAGAUAAACGGUAUACUUUAAAAGCUAUACUAGUGUAGUUUAAAUGCUAUACUAGUGUACUUUAAAUGUUAUACAGUGUACUUUAAAUGCUAUACUAGUGUAAUUUAAAUACUAUAAGUGUACUUUAAAUGCUAUAACAGUGUACUUUAAUGCUAUAAGUGUACUUUAAGGCUAUAACAGUGUACUUUAAGGCUAUAACAGUGUACUUAAAUGUUAUAACAGUGUACUUUAAUGCUAUAAUGUGUGCUUACUAUAACAGUGUACUUGAAAUACUAUGACAGUUUACUUGAAAUAAUAUAGUACUUUAAAUGCUAUAAUAGUGUUCAUUCAUAAUAAAUGUCGCACCCUCAGGGUCUAUAGAGACCAAACAAAAGUGUUUGUAAAGCAAAAAGUUUAAUGUUCUCCAUAAUAAACGUACAAUCUAAAAAUUAUAAAUGUUAUUUAGAUGGUUCUUUUUUAAUAAGUAACAGGAUAUUCUAAAAUCUCGCGUUCGUUAGUCUGAUGUCGAAGAUAGCAAGGUCAUAGGUCUGCGAGUAUGAGUCCUGUGAAUCCCAUUAUGAAUGGUCUUGUAAAUGGUUGUGGUUAAGGUUAAUUUUCACACGAGUUUUAUUUCAGCUUUUAAGGGUAUUCUACACUAACUUCGCUAAAUUAAUAUCCCCCAUAUAUAAAUAGUACUUAGUUCCACAUAAUGGUCUACUAAAUUUCCCUUUAUUAGUAACUUCAUUAUAUUACACCACCUUUCCUAAAAAAUCACUAGCUUACCUUUGUUACUAUGUAAUUAUAUUUUUAAUUACCCUACAUCAUUGUAAGCUAAAUUGACAAUCAUAUUCAUCAACAGUUUCACAUUAAUUUUUUAGAAUUUCAAUGAACCAAUUUAAUUUAAUUAGUUGAGUUCUUAUUAAUUAGAAUAGUAUUCCUUUAAAACAAUUAAACUUAUCAAUGGAGUCUGUUUAUAAAAUUUAAGCUUUAUUUAUUUUUUCCACAGGAACAAAACACGGGCACAUUUCCAUAGACUUGGUGAGAUAAACGACUUGAUUGAAAAAUCCGGAACCUACGACCUGACAAUUGCUGAACUGACCUUUGGAGCGAAACACGCUUGGAGGAAUGCCCCUGGAUGCAUUGGCAGAAGUCAGUGGUCAAAACUUCAGGUAAGCAUACUAAUACGUCGCAUUGGGAAAUGGCGUCGGUGGGCCGUCGAGUGUGAGCUCAUAUUGCCCCCCCUCCUGUCCUGUCAAGCGAAAAUGCUGCAUUUAAAUCGUUCGCACUCGACUCUCUCGGAGGUGACCACAUGGGGUUUGCCUCUAAGUGGCGUACCAGACUAGGAGGGGGGUACUGUUAUCCUGAAGCCAAAAACCAUGGCCCACUGCAUGACUUCAAGGUAAGCAUACAAAGGGAGGGAAUUGUUUGGGAUAUGUGAAAACAAGGAUUCUCAUUUCCUGGGGUUUCAUUUACCCUGGGGAAAAAUGGAUAAAUUGACUGUCUUUUAAUGAAUGAGAAAAAAAAUUGUUUGUUGAAAGGUUGGUAAAAGUAGCUUUAUGAAAAACCUAAAAGAUGUUUAUGUGUAAACAAUUCGUUUUGAUUGUUGUCUUAUGUGUGUAGCUACCUCCAUGCCUAGAGUGACAAAUUGUGACAUACUGGUUUGUUGCAACGUAAACAAAAAAUAAAUAAAUAUAUAUAUUAUAUAUAUACAGUGGAACCUCUCAUAACGAGCACCUCUCAUAACGAGUAAUUCGCAUAAUUCGCAUAACGAACAAACAAAAAAUGUGAAGAAGUUGCUCCCUUAACGAGCAACAUUUCGCAUAACGAGUUACGCAGAAAGGGGAAGUCCCAUUUUCCCUCACUUCUGCUUGGAAAAAACUUUGGCCAUAGAGUGUUUUUGAAUGUGAUUUUGAAACAGUACCUGUGGAGUCUACAGUUAACAAGAUUGGCCAAUAUCAUGGAACUCUUGGUGGACAACAACGAUAUUGAAGAGCUUGUGAAAGAGCACAGUCAAGAGUUGACCACCGAAGAGCUUAUGGAGUUGCAUCAUGUUUCACAGCAAGAAAUUAUGGAGAUCUCAUUAAUGGAGGAAGUAGCAGAGCAACAAUCUUCUAGCGCAAUAAUAGAAAUGCUGAAAGCAUGGGAAACUGUUGCAUCGUACAUUGAGAUGCAUCACCCUAAUAAAGAGGUGGCGAUUCGUGCUACAAAUUAAUUCAAUGAUAAUGCUGUGACACAUUUUCGUCAAAUUUUUUGAAGUGUCGGCCAACAAAAGUCUUUAGACAGUUUUCUAGUUUAAAAGGAUUAUUUGUCAUAAAUUCAUAUUUUUAUUUACUUUUUUUUUUUUAAAUCUAAAUUUUAUUCCAAGUUGUUACACUCCUUAACAAUUCAUAAAGAAAUUUUAUUUCAAUAUAUGUUAAUAUUUUGUUAAUAAAAAUUUUUGAAAAAUUAGUAUUUUUUCAGCAUGGAAUGCAUUAUCGUAUUUUACAUUGAAUUGUAUCGGGAAAAUUGUUUCGUUUAAUGAGUGUUUCGCUUAACGAGUAAGAUUCUGGAACGUAUUAUGCUCGUUAUGAGAGGUUCCACUGUAUAUCCUAAAAAGUUACUUCCCUGGAUUGGAGGAUUUCUCGUAAAAUAUUUUACAUUUUGAAAUUUGUUCAGGAUAGCAGUAUCUUGGGAUCCCGCGAGGUUAAUACUUCACGGACUCAUGUAUUAUUCAUGUGGGACUCUUUCUUUUACUCAGAGAAUUGAAGUAAAAUUUGCUUUACACCUAUGAGACUGUUAAUAUAAAUAUAAAGGUCCAUCAAAGCUGAAUUGUUUCUCCCCAUAGGUGUUUGAUGCCAGGGAGAUAGAGACACCCAGAGAAAUGUUUGAAGCUCUUUGCAGUCACAUCAGAUAUGCCACAAACGAGGGAAAAAUAAGGUAAGUGGCUGUAGGAAUUGUCCAGCGUAACCACUACAAUGAUCACAUUGGGAAUUAGUAGCUCAAAAAAUAUUUUAUGUUUUGAAAGUGUGGCUAGAUUGUUUGAAAGUGUGGCUAGAUUGUUUGAAAGUGUGGCUAGAUUGUUUGACAGUGUGGCUAGAUUGUUUGAAACUGGCUAGAUUGUUUGACAGUGUGUCUAGAUUGUUUAAAAGUGUGGCUAGAUUGUUUGACAGUGUGGCUAGAUUGUUUAAAAGUGUGGCAUUAUUGUUUGAAAGUGUGGCUAGAUUGUUUGAAAGUGUGGUGGCUAGAUUGUUUGAAAGUGUGGCUAGAUUGUUUNGUAGUGGCCCUAAAGCGAUUGAAUUUUUUUGACCACCCCCCAUACCUCCUUUCCCCCCUUGUUCGCAUUUGUUCACUUUUGAAUGUCAACCCCCCAACCCUCCCCACCCAAUCCUUCCGGAUGUCCCCAUACCCUGAUGAUUUUCAUGGCUUAUCAGCUGGCUGGACAUAGAAAUGAAACAAUGCUACAGAAAUAUGUUAAGGAAAACUUUAAGAGAUCUAUCAAACAUCUUUUCUUUACUCAAGUAGCUGAGAAAGACUCCACAAAAUUAGACAGCACCCAAAAAAAACAGUUUUUCAAAUAAAUCCAUUGUAAUAUGGUGCAAAAAGUGGAGGGGGGGAGGGUUAGGGCUGAAAAUUUGACAAAGCAUCAAAGUAACGCUAUUUAUAAAAGACUCCCAAUUAGUGCCCCCCCUUCGCCCCGCUAGCAACCGCAUAUUUUUCUCACGUCAAUGAACUAUAUUAAUAUUCUCAUGUCCCACCGGAUUUUACACUGCAGAUUUUUUACACAAUUUCCAUAAAACAAAAUAACAUUGUGAUAUUUUGAAGAAUCUUAUUUAGAGCAUUUAUCAUGAAUUUUAUUGGCAUCUGAUAGCGUUAAAGAUGAUUUCGGGUGGUGGGGGGUUAAAAUUUGAAAGUCAUCGGCAAUGAGUCUGUGCCAAGUUUCAGUCAGAUAGUUUGAUGGGAAGUUGGUCAAUUAGCGGGCUGAAUAGUUUGCCACACACCAAGAAAUAAACAUACGAACAAAAGCAAAGUUAUGAUGAAGGAUUAGAAAAUGUCCCAAAUAAUUAAUGGCACUAGGAUUAUUCCAGCUCCGUUCUUUUAAAUAAACUGCUUAACCUAUUCAUUUUGAAACUUCACUCUGUCACAAAUUUCAUUUGAAUGCUGUUGUCUCUGUCAAGGUCUACCAUAACUAUAUUUCCACAACGCAAGGAAGGGCGACCAGAUUUCCGUGUAUGGAAUACACAAUUGAUAAGCUAUGCUGGCUAUAAGUUGGGUGACGGGAAGGUCAUUGGUGACCCAGCUAAUGUUGAAUUUACAGAGGUAAAAUUUGGGCAAGUUGUUGUUACUUAGUUAAUGUUGUACCAAGACAUACAUUGGUUUUGUAACAAGAUAUUCAUUGGUAUUGUAACAAGAUAUACAUUGGUAUUGUAACAAGACAUACAUUGGUAUUGUAACAAGACAUACAUAGGUAUUGUAACAAGACAUACAUUGGUAUUGUAACAAGAAAUACAUUGGUAUUGUAACAAGGCAUAAAUUUGUAACACAUCUGAUUUUGAGCACACUGAUUAAGGAUCGGAAUCUGUUUUUCUUUGGUGAUCAAAACGGACGUAAAAGAAACACUUUAUAUAUACAUAGCGGUUUUUUCACAUUAUUUGUAUCCCCUAAAAAAACUAAAUUCUCUUUUUAAAAAUAAUGUAGAUGUGUGUUGAAAUGGGCUGGAAACCAAAGCAUGGCAUGUUUGACCUUCUUCCAUUGGUUCUGUCUGCUGCUGAAAAUAGCCCUGAAUAUUUCGAACUCCCCACUGAGCUUGUGCUAGAGGUCACCUUGAAGCAUCCCGAGUAAGUCUUAUUCAAACCUUGAUUCGUGAUGCAUUAACCAAUCAGUCGCCUACAUUUUUUUGCUUCUUUCAAGUAAGUUUCAAAGUAGUUUUUCCCAUUCCUUACAUGAAAGUUCGACAAUUGACUACAUACGUUAAAACAUUAAUAUUUGAGAAGUAUUUUAUUUCAAGAUUGCAUAUUUUAGUAAGAAAAGCAAGUUUGAAAUAUUAUUUGAAGAUAAGUGUCAAAUGUUUGGUGACAGGACUAUUUCUUAGAUUUUGUUUACUGUCUAUCAUCCAGGUAUCCCUGGUUUGCUGAAAUGGGGCUGAAGUGGUAUGCCCUCCCCACAGACUCAGGAAUGCUCUUGGAUUGUGGGGGCCUGGAGUUCCCUUCAUGUCCUUUUAAUGGCUGGUUUAUGGGAACAAUGAUUGGUUCCAGGAACCUCUGUGAUCCUCACCGCUACAACAUGCUGGAGGUAAGCUGAUGAAAUGCAAUUAUCCUAAUGACCUGUACAUCAAAGGUGCCUCCAUAAAAAGAAAAAGAUUAUAAUUUGUAAGAUUCCCCAAAGCCUCCAGUCAGGCCCCCACAUAAAGCCUCCAGUCAGGCCUCCACACAAAACCUCCAGACAGGCCUCCACACAAAACCUCCAGACAGGCCCCCACACAACCUCCAGACAGGCCCCCACACAAAACCUCAAGACAGGCCUUCAAACAAAAACUCCAGUCAGGCCCCCACAUAAAGUCUCCAGUCAGGCCCCCACAUAAAGCCUCCAGUCAGGCCCACACAUAAAGCCUCCACUCAGGCCCACACAUAAAGCCUCCAGUCAGGCCCACACAUAUAGCCUCCAGUCAGACCCCCCACAUAAAGCCUGCAGUCAGGCCCACACAUAAAGCCUGCAGUCAGGCCCACACAUGAAGCCUCCAGUCAGGCCCACACAUAAAGCCUCCAGUCAGGCCCCCACAUAAAGCCUCCAGACAGGCCCCCACAUAAAGCCUCCACUCAGGCCCACACAUAAAGUCUCCAGUCAGGCCCCCACAUAAAGCGUUCAAUUAGGUCCCCACAUAAAAUCCCCAGUCAGGCCCCCACAUAAAGCCUCCAUUCAGGCCCCUAAAGUCUCCAUUUAUGCCCCUAAAAUAUCAAGUCAUGACUGUCUGAUGAACCACGUACUAACCUCCAUUCAGGCCCCCACACAAAGCCUCCAGACAGGCCCCCACAUAACGCCUCCACUCAGGCCCACACAUAAAGUCUCCAGUCAGGCCCCCACAUAAAGCGUUCAAUUAGGUCCCCACAUAAAAUCCCCAGUCAGGCCCCCACAUAAAGCCUCCAGUCAGGCCCCUAAAGUCUCCAGUUAUGCCCCUAAAAUAUCAAGUCAGGCUUGUCUGUUGAACCAAGUACUAUUAUUAUGUACACAAUCACGUUGAAGAGCAGUGACUUGGUCUGAUGAAUAUUAAAUUUCGAAUUGAAGUUUUUUAAAAAUUUCCAAAUAGAGACACAUCCAUUAAAACACGUUUCCAUCAUUAUAAGGCGUCGUUAUAUGCAAACCUGGGCCUUGUGUAAGUGUGCUUCUGUGUAAGUUUGUUUAGGAAUCACUAACAUUCUUAUUUACCAUCAGAUGCAUUAAAAACAUUGGAAAGUUAGUUAAACAUUGUUACACCUGUUUAUAAAAUAUUUUAAAAAAAUUUUGUUAGUAAUUAUACUACUUUAAAAUUUGUGGUAUCGUGGGGAGGGGGUUAAGAUAAAAUUUUAUGAGUAAAAUGUUUAAAUUUGUUAAUUUUUUCAUUUUAUAAUUAUGUGGGGAAGGGGCGGAGAGGUCGGGAUGUCUUAUGGUCUUUGGGGCAGUGAACAAAAGUUUGAGAACAACUGGUCUAAAGGUAUGAACAUAUAAUUUAAUAAUUUAUUAACUUUAAUCUACUUUUGCAAUCGCAUCACAAACUUAAUUUCUGUCCGUCACCUAGAAAGUAGCCCUAUAGAAUAAUAUACAUUUUUUUAAACUUAGCCGAUUGGCUUAAAAAUGGGGCUCAACACCGAAACUGCGUCAUCCCUGUGGAAGGACCAAGUCUUGAUUGAAGCGAAUGUGGCUGUGCUGUUUAGUUUUGAGGUAGUAGGCUACUUUAUUACAUUUUAAAGAUUUUUUUUACUUAACUGUUAAAAUUGUUUUACUUAACAUUUAUUAAACACAGCAUAAACCGACUAAUGAAGAAAGUUAGGAACAUAACACAAACUAAACAUCCUUUACUGGAAAAACUAUUUGAAGAAAGAUGUUAUUGUAAAACUAGACACAUUUUGGUUGAUACAUCCCACCCUCUUCAUCACAGAUAUUUAGGAUAGGCCCGUUCGGGACAAAUUCUUUCCGUCAGGGCGAGGACUGAAAGAUAUAAAAAUUCUUUUGUUCCCCAAUCUGUACGAAUUUACCAGCGUGCCUACCCCUGAAGUCACAAAUCUUUAUGAAAACUAAGUAGUUCCUGAUAUAGUUACUGACUGGCUGCUGGUGAAAAAAUAUUACAAAUGUCUUGUGUUCAAAUUGUUUUUUAUACGUGCUGAAAAUGCACAAUGCAAUCAUAAAACAUUUCCAUUUGUUUGGAUCAAUGAAAGAAUCUUACCUUAACAUUUAACAUUAUUUUACUCACGAUUAUGUCAAUUAUGUUCAUACUUUGUUUGAUUUUAAAAUGUCAAGUAAUGUUUACAUUUAUUUAGAUAAACAAUUCAAUGAUAAAUAAGACAUGUAUAUUCAAACUUUUACUUAAGUGUCAUUGAAAAAUAAUGUGAAAAUUUCAACACUUCAAUUUAUAUAAUAUAUGCCCACAGCAUUAAUAUCGAGCUCACAUUUUGAAUUUUUAAAACUUUUAUUAGUCGGCCAAUGUUACCAUCGUCAAUCACCAUGACGCCAGCACAGAUUUUAUAUUACACAUGGAUAAGGAGAUAAAAUUAAGAGGAGGCUGUCCUAGUGAUUGGGUGCGCAUGGUGCCACCGAUGAGUGGGUCGACUCUUGAAGUUUUUCAUCAAGAAAUGUUGCUUUAUUAUUUACACCCAGCCUUCGUACGCCAGGUUUGUAAUGCUUUAGAUUUUAAACUAGCAUUUAAUGUUACAAUUUUCAUGAGUAAGAUAUUCUAAGUAAUAAAUUUUAAGACAUUUUCAGUUUUCUAUGCUUUAAAUUUUUUUUUCAAUGUGUACAGCAGAUCAUUUUUUUACAAAAUUCUUAAUCAUACAUUAUUUAAUACUUCCAGUCUGUGAUUACUUUCAGUCUAUGAUUACUAUCAGUCUGUGUAGACUGUCUGUGUAGACUAUCAGUCUAUAGAGAGACUAUCAGUCUGUGUAGACUAUCAGUCUGUGUAGACUAUCAGUCUGUGUAGACUAUCGGUCUGUGUAGACUAUCGGUCUGUGUAGACUAUCGGUCUGUGUAGACUAUCGGUCUGUGUAGACUAUCGGUCUGUGUAGACUAUCGGUCUGUGUAGACCAUCGGUCUGUGUAGACUAUCGGUCUGUGUAGACUAUCGGUCUGUGUAGACUAUCUGUCUGUGUAGACUAUCAGUCUGUGUAGACUAUCAGUCUUGUUUCAAUACACCAAAUGUAAUAAAACAUUAGCAGCUAAAUGUAAAACUUUAUCCCUUAAUAGUUUGCCUGUUUGGAAUAUUUUCUAUGACGAACAUAACCGAUUUUUUAUUUUUUUAAAUUUUCAUGUAAAAAGGACAUAAAGCCAUGGAGGAAACAUUCGUGGAAAAGGGAUCAGAAUUUACCUAUCAGUUCAUGCAACCCUAAGAGGAAAUUAGGUUUUAAAGCAUUAGCCAGGUAUUUGAAAAAAGUUGUCUGUUGAUAUGAAUUUAAUACAUUUAAAAAAAUUUUUUUUUUUACAAGCUGUCAAAAUGUGCUUGUUCACCAAUAAAAAAAUUAAGUUAUUUAAACACCUUACCCAAACAAAAAUAUAAAUUCAAGUCUGUAAGGAAACAAAUAUUAGAGAAACAUUUAGAAGCCAAACAUUGUAUGCAAGGAUUUUUCAAAUUUCACAGAACAAUUAGAUUAAUUAGAAUAAACAUUUUAACUACUACCGAUAUUUGCUGUAUUGCAGAGCUGUGGAGUUCUCGGCAUCCUUGAUGUCAAAGGCAUUGUCAAGCCGUGUCAAGUGUUCCAUCCUUUAUGCCACAGAGACUGGCAGAUCUGAACGCUUUGCACGCAGAUUGUAUGAGAUUUUCAAACCAGUCUUUCACUCACGGGUAAUUCAAAUGUUUUACUAGAUUAACAUCUGCUAAUAUAAUUUUUAGCAAUAUAAUAUAUUGCUAAAAAUUGAUGUCAAUAUGAAGCUUUAGUUGCAUUCUAUUUCCUCCGAUGUAUUUUCAGUUGGAAUAUGAAAUUAAAGAAUAUCUUCUUUUUUUUACAAGAUAAACAAUUUUCUAUAUAAAAUAAAUAACCAAAGUUAUUCUCAAGUCCCAACUAGUUCUUUGUGUCCACUCAAAAAAUGCUGAUAAAUAGAAUGUCUAACAUUGGAAUAAUUAAUGACAAUUUGGGGGCAAUGACAAUGACAUAUUUCUAGGUUAAAAUGAGAUUGUUAUAAAAGUGAAGAUGUCAACAGUUGUCAGGUGCUAAACUGGACCAAACUCUCUGGAGACGUGUUAAGCAUACUCAACAUGAUUCUGUAACAGUUUUUAUUCACCCACUCCUAUCACCUGUACCCAUUCUAGCAGUAACAAUCAAUUAUUCUUGUUGUUUUGGAGUCAAAGGAUUGUACAAUUUAAUAAGUAAUGAAAUCAGAAGUAUGAUUUAUGAGAGGUUAAAUUAUGCAUCGAAGAUUAAGAAAUUUUAUGACUAAAUGUAAAGAUUAAAUCUCCUAAAGUUGCGGACGCCAUCAACCGAAUUUUAAGAGUGUUACACAAUUCAACACUUUAUUUUUUAACCAGGUGAUAUGCAUGGAUGACUAUGUUGUGGAGUCAUUGGAGCAUGAGUCCUUGGUCAUGGUAAUCACAAGUACCUUCAGUAAUGGAGAGCCGCCAGAAAAUGGAAAAGUAAAUAUAAACAAUAUUCCCUUGUGUGUUGUAAUGUAUCAUUUAUCUAAUCCUUUGUGACUCCUCUUUAAAAAAUUUGUUUUUAUACAAUUUUGAACAUUAAUAAUGUCUAUUUUUUCACAUGAAUGAUAAAAAAAUUAUUUCAAAAUUUCAUUUCAAGUAAACAUUUAUAUUCUAAUAUCGAAGUGGCUAUAGGUACCUUCUAAUAUAUACAUUUUUUUUCAUAUAAGUUUGAAAUGUUUUUUUUUUUAAUACACUUUAUCUUUUAAAAUAUUAUAAAAAUGUUUCACUAUCAGACAUGGCCUCAUUAUCUCCUCAAAUUUGUGUCUUUUAGCGUUUUGCCCAAAGUUUGUUGGAUAUGAAAAGGAAAUACGACUGUGACCUCCGGUGAGUAAAACUUGACAUUGGGAUUUUAUAGCCCACUAAUUAUAUCCAUGUUUUACUUAUUAAUCAAAACUUUUUUCAUUUACUGUUGUCAACAAAUGAAACAUAAGAAUGUUAUAGGAAGGGUCAUGGACAAAAAAAUACAUAAAUUAAAAUAAAAAAUUGAAUACAAAAUAUUUUUUGUUGCUUUACAGAUUUGUGGAAUCAUGUUCUUCCAUCUCAACAUGCAUUAAGAGUAGCAUUUUCACUGAAGGUCCGUUGGGUGCUGAUGUAAUGGGUGACAAACAGUCCUUAGCAAUUGGAACAGGACCACUUUGUAAUGUCAGGUCAUUCAUUUAAAUUAUUCAUAAAAUUGUAAGAUGUUAAAUAACAUUGUUAGGUUUAAAGGGAUUCAAACUAAUUUGUUGUGUUAUUUCAACCAACCUGAUUUUAAGUUUAAUGUUUAAAAGUUUGGGUGUGAAACAGAAAAAAAUAAAAGGCAUUUCAACAGUAAACAUUUGCCAGAUGUGAAAUGGUAAAAAAAACAUUAUAAAAACCCAAACAUAUUUAUUUGGGAUAAUUUGUUUUUAAUCCAAUGAUUAAACAGGUUUGCAGUAUUUGGCCUUGGCUCCAAAGCUUACCCUUAUUAUGCUGCAUAUGGCAAGUAUAUAUAUCUCAUGUUCCAAAAACUUGGAGCGGAAAGAUUGGUUGAUUUUUGCUCAGGGGAUGCUCUAUAUGGUCAGGAGGAAAGUUUCAGGACCUGGUCAUUGGGAGUGUUUAAAGUAAGCACAUUUGUUUCUAAUUAGAUAUUAGGUUAUCACGUCUUUACCAUAUUUUCAUGUUUAUGGUUUUCAAAUGAAUGUUAAUGUCAAAUGCCAUGUACAUAAUAUUCAAUGGCAAAUAACUUGUACACAUAUCAUCUUUCAAGGCCUUGUACAUAUUUCAUUUGUAUGAAACCUUUUAUAAAUAUUUAUAUGUCAAAUACCGUGUACAUAUUUAAUAUGCCAAAUACAUUGUAUAUAAUAUUUAAUUUUACAUACCUUGUAAAUAUUUUAUUUCAGAUACCUUGUAAAUAUUUAUUGUCAAAUCCCUUGUUAUAACAUUGUUAAAUUGCGAUAAAGCUUUAAAAUAGAUUAGACAUAGUUUGUUUCAAUAUAACAAUAUAUGUUAAGCUUUAAUACUAAUUAUACAUAAUACACAAGUAAACGUUGGGGAACAUGUCUUCAUCGGUCAGAAUAAAAUUCUUUUUACUUUGUUUCUGUCUGGUUUUUGCAACCAUUCCUUUUUUUCUAAGGUAUUAAAUGGCUACAUAUUAAUGUAAAUUUAAUUUUUUUAAUUUUUGUGUUAUUUCAUUUGUACAAUACCAUGUACAUAUUUAAUAUGUGAAAUUCCUUGUACAUUGUAUUCAAUAUGUCAAAUACCUUUCACAUAUUUCAGUUUUACAAAUACUUUUUUAACUAAACCUAUUGGAAAUGUAUAAAAUGUGUUUAUAACCUUUAAAUUUUUGCAUCAAAAUAAUUGUUUUUUGGCCAUAGGCUUCAAUUGAGGCUUUUUGCCUAGGUGAAUAUGUCAAUACAACUCCAGGACCCCAAACCAAGGGUGACCUUAUUAGCUGUUCACUUGACAAAGUCAGGAUUGUGCCAGUUGAAAGUUGCAAAGAACCAGAUUUAUGUCAAGGUAUUCAUUUAUCUUGGCUUAUUUAAGAUAUAUUCCAAAUGGUGUGAGGAAAUUAAUUUCAUUUUUCCUUUAAAAAAAUUCUGACAAAUUCAGAAACAAUUAUUGCUAAGUAAAUCAGUUAUUGUUAAAUAAUCGUUAACAUUAAAGUAUCAAUAGUGCUGACAUCAAUUAAGGAUUACAAAAUAAUGUACGUAAAAUAAUUUUUUUUUUUAAUGCUCUCUCCAUUUCUACAUCAGUAUUAUCCAACAUUCAUGGGAAGGAGAUAACGCCGUUCAUGUUGUCUGAGAGAAUCCAACUUCAGGCCAAAGAUUCUGAGUAAAGAAAUUAUCUAAUAACAUUUUUAAAAAUGAAAGACAAAGUGAAUUUAUCAAUGAAUCAUUUUAUCUAAUCUCUAUAGUCAAUAUAAGGUAGAUCCAUAUGAAAGCUAUAGGUAAAUUAAUAGGUACAACUGUACCAUAUGUUAAAGUUCUGAGUAGAUGUAUUUUUAAAAAUGUUUUUCAGUCAGCAGACGAUUUUAGUCAAGAUGCACAUGCCCAAUGCCACUGACCUAAAGUAUGCCCCUGGAGAUCAUGUGGGUAUAUUCCCUGCCAACUCUCCAGAUAUUGUGGAUGCGAUUCUUGUUAGGUUGGACACAACUAUAGGACCAGAUCAAGUAAUAAGAACAGACAUAUCCACACAGCUUGGUAAAUGGAUUUUAUCCCAACAUUGUGUAGCUUGUCUGCACUCUUCAUGCAUUGUGAUUGUACUGCCUCUUUUUGCAUGUUUUAUUGAAAAUUAAUAUUUUUAUUAAAAUUGAAAAAUUAUUUGAAGGAGCAAGUCUCUUCAGUGUGGUCAAACACAAAAUGUAGUUAAUCAUUCAUUCAUUUGAUAGCACUCAAGUAGUCUAAUAAUAACUUUCAGCUUCCCAUAAUAUUCGUAUAACUAUUUUUAAUCAUCCCAAUUUUAAAGAAAAUUUAAACAGAUAAAAUAUUAUUUGAACAUUACAGAAGGAACCGAUGAAACUUGGAGAAGCCACGAGAAGUUGCCCAAUUGUUCUUUGCGUACAGCUUUCUCAUUUUUGUUAGAUGUGACCACUACUCCCUCACAGGAAAUACUGCAGGUGUUGGCCAGUCAAGCCUCAAGUGACAUGGACAAACAUAGACUUCAACUCUUAGCUACGGUGAGGUUUAAUCAAAAUUCAUUUUCCUUUUUAAAGUAAAAAAAUUUUGUUGGGAUUUUUGAAAACAUAAAAUGGGGUGGGGUGGGGUAAAACCAGUAAAAGUGAACACCCCCCUCCCCCGUCCCCCAAGUUGUCACCACUAAAACUUUCAACGACGCCCCUGUUUGUUCCUAGCAUACAUUAAUGACCUACCGGAGAAACUGACAUCACAGGCAAGACUGUUCGCAGAUGACACAGCAGUGCAUAGGACGAUCGCCAACAGAUCUGACCAGGACCAGCUACAACAGGAUCUCAAUCUGUUAGCUGAGUGGGAGAUGAGCUGGGACAUGGAAUUUCACCCUGCCAAGUGCCAGACACUAUCAAUCUAGGGGGGGGGGGGGGGGGGGGAAAAAAAAAAAAAAAGGAACCCCCCCCCCCCCCCCCCCCCCCAGGGGUCACCACUAAAACUUUCAACGACACCCAAAAAUAAAUUAUUUAAAUAAUUUUUUUCAACUUGCGAACCCACAAAAAAAAAGAAAAAAAAAGAAAAUCUUGUAUGUGUGGUAAUAAUUUACUACAAACAUUUAACCGAUUCUAAUCCUGUACCUUUAAAAUUACAGCCUCAAGACAUUUUCCCAACUAGAUCAUUGACCCUGGCAGUCAAUGUUUUCUUGCUAUUAUGUAUCAACAUACCAAACACUACUACUCAUAACACUAGGUGACUGCCAAUUACAAAAAUUUAAAACUUUCAUUCAACUGUUUCGACUGUAUGAUGUUACCCACUACACAUGCCUCUUAUUGUAAUAUUCUUACCAUAUCAAAAUAAUUUUAGAGCACUGUCCGUAUUCCUUGACCUUUGUUCUUAUUUCAUACCUGAUGGCAACAUAUCACCUUAGUCAUCUGUGACAGACUCUACAGUUAGACAUAGCCUACCUUUUGACCUCAUGCUUCAAAAUUUUGACCAGCCAUUAGCAGUAUACAACAAAGUUCGGCCCAGCCAUUUGCAGUAUACAAUACAAAUACAUACUUUUCAUUAAAUAUUGUAUGUUAAAUUAUAACACUUUUAUUGAAAGCCUCAUAGGACAAUAUAACAAAAACAAUUCCUAGGAGAUUCUGAUUUUAAACAUUUAUUACAGAAAAUAGAAUAUUAUAUUCAGUUUAUCUUCAGCAACAAACACCCCCCAACUGAUUCUUUCAAGGAUGGUCAAAAUUCUCCUAAUUUUUUGGAGGGAAUUAAUAGAUGCCCCCUAAGGGUUAUGAAAAACUUGCACAACUCAAAAUGUAAGGUUGGCCGUAAUACUUUGUGAUAAACUUGCACGGGCCAAAAGAAAAUAGAGCAUAACUUGUGUGGUCCAAAAGAUAAUAGAACAAGGAGGGAAGCUAUUAAGAAAAUGCUAAAGAAUAUUUCGUUACUUUGCGGGCUGCAAAGUGAGUGAUGGCUGGCCGCAUGCGGACCGUAAGGUGUGCAGGCCUGGUUAUGAUAUAGCAAUUAAAAAAACAAAACGUAUAUUAUAUCUGAAAUGGACUUCUACUGUUUAGGGCAAACAUAGUAGUUAAAAUUAUAAUUUUUUAAAUGUCAUCAUAUUUUACUCUAUACAGCUUGACAUCUAAAAUACUUAAAACCUUUUCUUGUUACAUUCCAAAUUUUUAAAACAAUGUUAAACCUCUUUUUUUUUUACCUCUUUAAUUGCUUCCUUAGAAUUCAGAGGCUUAUGAAAAAUGGCGACUGGACCUGAGCCCCAAUAUCCUAGAAAUUUUGGAUGAGUUCCCUUCCCUCAAAAUUCCACCCUCACUUCUGCUGACCCAGCUGCCGUUGCUGCAACCUCGCUACUACAGCAUCAGUUCAUCCCAACUGAAAAACCCCAAUGAGGUUCAUGCCACCAUUGCUGUGGUCAGAUUUAAAACCCAAGGUAAAACAAAUCUGUUAAAAUCUUCUUUCUAAUAAAAAAAAUUGUUAUGACCAUUAAAAUAUAUAAAUCUGCUUUGUUUCAACAUAUUUUGACAUUUAAACAUUUUCGUAGAUGAUGGGCCUGUCCAUGAAGGAGUGUGCUCAUCAUGGCUGAACCGAAGCCCUACAGGAACUGUAGUACCUUGUUUUUUGAGAUCGUAAGUCAUUUUAAAAAAAACUAAGAUUAUAUUUUAUUAAAAUAAGAGAAACAUUUAAUAGAUCGAAAAUGAAAUUUUAAAAUUUAGACUCCACUAAAAUGUCAAAUUAUGCACCUUUAUGUUCAUUUGGAUAACUUAUUUUUUUUAUUGAAUCAAUUGAUUCACUAAUAAUCUUCCUUGGAUAGGUAUAUUCAGGAAGACUUGUUUUUUUUUUUUAUUUGUAAUCUAUUGUUUCUGGUCCUAAGGGUACAAAACUGAUAUGUAACCUAUUGUUUCUGGUCCUAAGGGCACCAAACUGAUAUGUAACCGUAAAGUAACCUAUUGUUUCUGGUCCUAAGGGCAUCAAACUGAUAUGUAACCUAUUGUUUCUGGUGCUAAUGGCACCAAACUGAUGUGUAACCUAUUGUUUCUGGUUCUAAGGGCACCAAACUGAUUUGUAACCUAUUGUUUCUGGUUCUAAGGGCACCGCACUUUCACCUGCCAGAAGAUCCCUUCCUGCCUAUUAUAAUGAUAGGACCAGGGUCGGGGAUUGCACCGUUCAGAUCAUUUUGGCAGCAAAGAGUGGGAGAAAUUGAGAACACCAUGCCGUCUUGUGAGAAUACCAUGCCGUCUUGUGAGAAUACCAUGCCAUCUUGUGAGAAUACCAUGCCUUCUUGUGAGAACACCGUGCCUUCCUGUGAGAACAGCAUGCCUUCCAGUGAGAACACCAUGCCUUCCUGUGAGAACAGCAUGCCUUCCUGUGAGAACACCAUGCCUUCCUGUGAGAACACCAUGCCUACCUGUGAGAACACCAUGCCUUCCUGUGAGAACACCAUGCCUUCCUGUGAGAACACCAUGCCUUCCUGUGAGAACACCAUGCCUUCCUGUGAGAACACCAUGCCUUCCUGUGAGAACACCAUGCCUUUAUGUGAGAACACCAUGCCGUCUUGUGAGAACACCACGCCUUCCCGUAAGUUUUUACAAAUUGCCUAUAGGCAAAAUUCUUUUCCUUCUGGUGAUAUUCAAUUUUUUAAAAGUUAAUUUAAGAGAUUCAAAGUGGCACAUUAUUAUAUUUUUCACAAGAAUUUUAGCCUCCAAAUUGUUUUUUUUAUCGAAUCUUUACAAUUCUGACAAAUUUCAUAAUAUUUAAAUAAUUUAUUUCAAAUGGAAAUGUUAAAUUUUAUCAAUUUUAAAGAGCAACAAUCUUAACAGUAUGACUUAAUAAAAAGAAUAUUGCCAAAUAAACUGUUCUUUUCUUUAUUGCUUUUAUAGAAGCCAAAAAUCAUUUUGGAGAGAUGGUACUUUACACUGGCUGCAGAACAGCUCAACACAUGAUUUAUGCAGCUGAACUUGAAGAGAUGAAACAAUUGGGAGUUCUUUCCAACUAUCAUGUGGCCCUGUCACGGGAAGCAGCUUUGCCCAAGGUAUCAUAAUUAUUCAUAAGUCUGUACAAAAUACAUAGCAGCUGAUUCUAAGUUAUCAUUUAAUUUUGACAUUAUGGCUCUUGAUAAAAAUUGUUUCAUUGAUUGCACAUAUUUUUUUUUGUAUAGAUCAAUUAAUCUUUAACAUCUUCAUGUAUUAUAUUUUAUGCUAUAACCACAGCAUCAUUUUUUUUUAAAUUUACCAACUUUUUAUACCUUUGGAAAUACAAUGAAUUUCAUUUCUCUUUUUAAUUUGGUUAACUUUGUACCGCGCUUUGAGCUUUUGGGGAUGAAGUGUGAUUUCAAAUAAACUUCAUUAUUAUUAAUAUAGAAAUUGCUAUACAUUAUUAUUUUUUAACCAACCUGAAAAUAAAAAUAUUUGUUGUCAAAUUCGAUAAAUGUAUUUUUCUAUCAUAUUUAUUUAAAAUAAAUUUAAAUGGAUUGUUUUCCAUUUUUACCUGAUAGAUUUACGUACAAGACAUCAUUAUCAAAAAUGCGGCUGCUGUAUAUGAGAUAAUAAUGAAGAAAGGUGGCCACUUCUAUGUGUCAGGAGAUGUGUCCAUGGCACACGACGUGACCAGAGCACUGGAGCUUGUUCUGUGUCAACAAGGAGGAAUAGAAAGAGAAGAAGCUGCCAAGGAAGUCAUGAAUUUGAGGGUAAAGGGACAUUCAUUUAUAUAACUUUGUCUUGCGCAAACUAUUGAGGAAUAUGACCUUCGUAUAAUCUUCAGAUUUUGGAGAUACUAUGGUUAAUAGUACUUUAUAAUAAUCAUUAAAUCAUAGCAAUAAUUAAUUGCCAACUUUGAAUGCUUAAAUGGGUAUGCAAUAAAAAGGAUGUGCAAAGUCUGAUUAAUGUUGAAGAACAUUUUAAGAAAGAAAAACUUAAUGUGACUAAUUAAAAUUUUGGUUUAUUUUAAAAUAAAGUUAGAAAAGGAAAGACAAAGAUCAAUAAAAUGCCAGUCACCUGUUUUAUUUAGUUUCAACAGAUAAAUAAAAAGCAUUUUCCACUUAACUAAAUGAACAUUUAAACAUAAUAUCCCAUAAACUUUACAUUUCUCAUCUCAUCAAAAAUAGGAUCAAAACAGAUUUCAUGAAGACAUAUUCGGCAGCUUUGUGAGAAAAACUGGAGAAAAAAGAUCUGAAGAUCAGUAAUUAAAAAAAAAUUAAGGACACUGGAAGAUCUGAAGAUCAGUAAUUGAGGACACUGAAAUACCUAAAUGCAACUGCCAAGCCUUCAAAACCAAAUCCUUAAAUGGAAUGAACUACU